AUGGGUGAAGAAGACACUUCCACUUCGACGGUUGGGCGGUGGCUUUCACAACGGGAUAUAUUAGCUGGUGAAGACUCGGAGUGGGAACAGUUCUAUCGCCGGCAUAGGAACAUCGUUCCUCAUUUGACAGGCUCCAUCGACCAAUUUCGCCAAACGAUGCACCAAGCCAAGAUGCGGGCGCAGCAACAUGGACGACCAGUAGUUCAUGGGCUUGACGUACGUGAUUACACUGCGAUUUCUGCGACCGAUGUCGAGGUUCCUCUCCGAGUAUAUAAAUCGCUGUCUCCGAAGGCAGAUGGUGCUGUGAUGAUAUACUUUCAUGGAGGAGGCUGGGCAAUGGGCGACUUGGACGGAGAGGACAACAUCUGUCGACUGUUGUGCAUUGAAAGUAGCCUUCACAUAGUCAGCGUUGACUAUCGCCUUGCCCCAGAAAAUCCGUAUCCAGCAGCGAUACUGGACUCGAUCACGGCACUUCACUGGGUGUCGGACAAUGACCGAACCCAUGGCUUUGAUGGAGACAAAAUCUACGUCGGUGGUACCAGUGCAGGGGCGAACUUGAUGGUCAAGGCCGUUGUACUUCGUCAUUUAUCGCCGGAAAUAGGGAUUCCCAUCCAAGGUCAGCUUCUUCGAUCGCCAGUCUUGUGUUCCAGCGACGUGCAUCACCACAAGAUGGGACUGAAGAGUAUGGAUAGGUAUGUUGAUACCCCAAUCCUCAAUCGCCAGUCCAUGGAGCAAUUCUUCCAUUGGUACCAGCCUGGCAAUCCAGAACAUCCAACAGUCUCGCCAUUAUUGUCCACCGAGCUUGAUAGGACUCCUCCGUCGUUUCUUCUAAUUUGUGGCCACGACCCGCUCCGCGAUGAGGCCCUUGCCUAUGCAGAUGAACUUGAGAGAUGCCGCGUUCCAUUGCGGGUUGCCGUAUACCCGGGAAUGCCUCACGCAUUCUGGAUAUUCCCAGAACUCUCGACGACCAAGGCUGCCACACAAGACUUGAUUGAUGGGGUCAGAUGGCUUCUUGCUCAUUCAAGACGUACCAGCUGA